GCCCGUUUUCAGAGAAGCACCCUUCCUGUCAUUUCACUCGCCACACAUCGAUUAGCAUCUACAAUGGCUCCCAAGCUCAAAGACCCUUCCCUCCUCAAGACGGACGUCUGUUACGUCAAUGGCGAAUGGGUCAAGGCCGCCUCGGGCAAGACCUUUGAGGUGCACGACCCGGCCACUGGCGAGCUGGUCGGAACCUGCCCAGAGUUCGACGCCAAGGACACGGCAAAGGCCAUCGAGGCUGCCCAGGCUGCCUUCGUCUCCUUCCGCACGCAGACCGGCCGACAGCGCUCCAAGCUGCUGCGGAGGUGGUACGAGCUCAUGCAGGAGAACGCCGAGGACCUGGCGACCCUGAUCACCUGGGAGAACGGCAAGCCGCUGGCUGACGCCAAGGGUGAGGUGGCCUACGCCGCCAACUUUUUUGAGUGGUUCAGCGAGGAGGCCCCCAGGUUAUACGGCGAGACCAUCCCCGCCACCGUGCCUGGGAACCGCGUCAUGACCAUCAAGGAGCCCGUGGGUGUCUGUGGCCUGAUCACACCGUGGAACUUCCCUGCUGCCAUGAUCACGCGCAAGGCGGGGCCAGCGCUGGCUGUGGGCUGCACGACCGUCACCAAGGCACCCGGCGAGACCCCUUUUACCUCUCUGGCCUUGGCUGAGCUGGCUCACCGGGCUGGCAUCCCAAAGGGCGUCGUCAACGUGAUCACUACCCUGAAGAACACCCCAGAGGUUGGCUCUGAGCUCACGACAAACCCCAUCGUCCGCAAGGUUUCGUUCACCGGGUCUACCGGCGUCGGCAAGCUGCUCAUGAAGCAGGCCUCGAGCACACUGAAGAAGCUGUCCUUUGAGCUUGGCGGAAACGCCCCUUUCAUUGUCUUUGAUGAUGCUGACCUGGAUACCGCUGUCGCUGGAGCAAUUGCUUCCAAGUUCCGCUCAUCCGGCCAGACCUGCGUCUGCGCAAACCGUAUUUUUGUGCAAAAGGGCAUCUACGACGCCUUUGCCACCGCUUUCGCGGCCAAGGUGAAGAACUUCAAAGUCGGCAAUGGUUUCACCGACGGCACCACGCACGGCCCCCUGAUCCACGACCGUGCUAUCGACAAGGUCGACGCGCACGUCCGCGACGCCGAGAAGAAGGGCGGCAAGGUCAUCGCAGGCGGCCAAAAGCUGCCGGACCUCGGUGCCAACUUCUACCAGCCGACCGUCAUCACGGGCCUAACCUCGGAGAUGGCCAUCGCCAGCGAGGAGACGUUCGGUCCUGUGGCGGGGCUGUUCCCCUUUGAGAAUGAAGAGGAGGUCAUCAAGAUUGCCAACUCGACACCGGUGGGCUUAGCUGGAUACUUCUUCUCUCGGGAUCUGCAGAGGGUGUACCGCGUCGCGGAGGCCCUAGAUGUUGGCAUGGUGGGUGUCAACACGGGGCUCAUCUCUGAUCCGGCCGCGCCGUUCGGUGGUGUCAAGGAGUCUGGUUUUGGUCGGGAGGGAUCCAAAUAUGGAGUGGAGGAGUACAUGGUCACAAAGAUGGUCACAUUUGGCGGCAUGAGCCAGCCCCUGUAGAGCUAGAGGGGUAGACAGGCAGGUCAUUUGCAGGGGCGAUAUAAAAGUGGAAGGGGGUAAAAAUUAGUCAUAACGACAUGCUAUUCUCAUUACAAUAUUCAGGGACGAGAAUUCGCCCUCAUGUUUCGUACACAGCUGUACCAGAUUAUCGACCUUCAGGAACGACAGUGAA